AACAGCUGCGGAUCUAGCAAAUGCAGUUAAUGCAUUUAUCGCCUAUUGUAAGGCGGAAGCUCUUAAUAUUAAUUAUAAAAAAUCGAAAGUCCUCCACUUCACUCGUUCCCGCAAACUCAAGUUGGAGCCGCUUAAGAUCACAGGUGGCUACUUAGAAAAGGUAAAAGCCUUUAAAUAUUUAGGAUUAAUAUUCACCUAUAAUCUCUCCUGGACCACCCAUCUACAAUCUGCCUUUCUCGCUGCAACCACGACCUCUAACGCCAUUGUCCGAUUUUACCACCAGAAGGGCGGCAAACACCUUCCAGCAGCAAUUCAAAUAUUUAAUGCCAAAGUCGUCCCUAAAUUAUUAUAUGGAUGUGAAGUAUGGACUACAGCAAUAUCAGGUAACCUGGAUCGUCCACUUCAUAUGUUUCUGAGAUCUCUUUCCGGCGUCCCGAGAUGUGUCUCAGGUGCAGCCCUACGACUCGAGUUCGCCCAGCCUUCAAUUGCUAGACGAGCAUGGAGCCGAGCCAUUUCCUACACCCUCCACCUAUUAGCAUCGGAUGCUCGAAUUAGAGGUGGCUUUUCCAAUCUGAUCCUAAGAGAUAUUCAUAAUUCCCCUUGGAAAACUACAAUUAACCUCAAAUUCCGCUCUCUUCUCAAUCUGAAUUGUAAAACUGUUCUUAACUUAGAGUGUAUCAGCCCGGUGGCCCUACCCCUAAUUAAAAAGAAACUACAGCAACUCGACUUCUCCAACACAGCUUCUUGUGCAAGAGGACCGUGUUCAGGCCUAGCCCUAGCUAUUCCACCCCUGAAGGGAUCCCUCUAUACUGCUUCACAAUUUCUUCGGAGACUAAGCGAAGGGCUUUUACCUGUGCCCGUCUCAACUGUUUUCCUACAGCAGUUCUGUCGGGUCGCUAUUCCAGAGUUCCCAUCGCAAACAGAACAUGCUCCUGUAAUGACACGGCCCUGGAGACUAUGGAACAUGUAA